AUGCCGAGCCUUCGAUUCGAAUGGGCAAAUGGCCAAGGUACAGAAAAGUUCUUCCGAGGCCAUUCUGCCGCAAGACAUUGGCGCGCGACGAUGGGUCCCAUCUAUCGGAUAUGGUCGGGCUUACGCCCAGAAGUCGUCUUGACUGAUCCUUCGCAUACCCGCCUAUACUUCCGAAAGUCCCACCAACACAUCAAGGCAGCAGACAACAACUCUGGCUGGCUCUUUGGCGAGGUUUUGGGUUCGUGUGUUGGUCUUGUCAGUGGCGCGCGGUGGCAUGCGUUGCGAAGCGAGCUUGAGCCAUCCUUCACGCAGUCGGCUGCAGCAGCACACAUGACAAGCAUCGUCGAGAAUGCAAGAGCCUUUAUAUCCAGUGAACUUCUGCAACAGACGCUCAUCAACCAGAAAAAUGAUCAUGUCGUCCCCAUCAACCCGUCCAGAGAUUUGCAAUUCUACCCCUUCUUCGUCGUCGCUGGUAUGUUAUUUGGCGAUCCGCUCUCACCUGAGCAGAAAGCGUCACUAAGGGAUCUGGCACCAUUGAGAGAAGAACUAUUCCGGGAAGUGAUUCGAGGCGGGGUCAAUCGAUGGGGUACUUUGGCACGUCUCUUUCAGUCCAAUGGAACCAAGUUAUUGGGGAAAUUCCACAUGCAGUGGCUGCGAUUUGUCGAAGAGGCAUAUGAGAGAGGAAAGCAAGCAGAGGAUAGUAAGAGGAAUGACUCUGCAAGACAGUUGCCAGUCGUGAAAUUGUGGGAAGCUGUGAAAGAGGGAAGAAUAUCUGAAAGAGAGUGCCUGCAAACUAUCGAUGAGUCCCUUUACGCCAAUCUCGAUGUCACCACCAAUGCUGUGGCAUGGAACAUAGUACUUCUUGCACAGCAUGCAGAAGUGCAGGCGGAGCUACGUAACGAAGUGCUCAGGUUCCGGCACGGCGACUCGCAAUCUUAUGCGCAAUAUCUCAAUCGAAAUGACACUCUGCUGAACAUGUGUAUUCUUGAGGCAUCCAGACUACGACCUAUACUUCCUUUUUCCAACCCCGAAUACUCACCUGAUGAGGACAUUACUAUUGAUGGUUUCACUAUUCCACGAAAUACUAAUGUCGUGGUCGAUUCUCAUGCCAUUAACGUCAGCAAUCCAUUUUGGAUCGAUGGGAAUAGGUAUAAUCCUGCGCGACACUUCACUCUGAAGAAAGAAGAGGUGCGCUACAAUCUUUGGCGAUUUGGGUUUGGACCAAGGCAGUGUCUCGGAAAGCACUUUGCUGAUCGUAUACUUCGCUGUAUCACUGCAGAGAUGGUUGCAAGCUAUGUGAUGUCGGUUCCAGGGGUAGAUGGAGAAGUGAAAAUCCAGAAGGAUAGCUGGGUCAGUCUGCCUGAUGCAGUAGUUCAAUGUGUUCCAGUCACGGCAGGCAGUUGA